AUGGUAUCGAAAUUGGAUCGAUUUUUCAAUCCAAAAGAUGGAACCUACGCAAACGUACCCAUUAUACCAGUACAUCCAGAAAAAUUUCGUGGCAAACGACCAUUCAGUAAUAAUAUUCUUAUUGGAAAUUGGUAUGAAGAUCAAUUAAAAUUUAACGAAUCACUACAUAGAUCAAAAACCAUGUACACUAUUGAUUAUCCAGCACAUGUCGGUUCUAUUCCGGAUACUGUUUUACGACGAAAAAUUCUUGCAGCACACAAUCAAAAACCUGGCAGAUUGAUUCUUGAUCAUCAUGAUAUUGACGAUAGAAAACAACAUAUUAGCAGCUACGAUGAACAAUAUAAUAAACGAGGAGCUUAUGGAGAACAUCAAGAUACAUCAGAACGCAAAUGGUUAAUAUUAGAAAAGCGUUGGAUACCAGAACGUAGUGAUCAUCCACUAGAAGCAGCACCGACAAGUUGGGGUCUUAUAGUAAGAAAACGCUCACAAAGUCAAAGUCUUCGACGUCAACGUACCAUGCCGGAAGUGAGUGAAUACGCUGGUCGAUAUGUUGCACAUCCACCAGAAGAAUAUUCUUCAUCGAAAACAUCUGGUAUACCACAUAUAUAUACACGAGCAAUCGAUCGUAAAAAUUCUUUUAACAACGUUAUAAAGCAACGUUGCAUGACAGAUUUUAGUUGUCGACAACCAAUCACUACUGAUAGUAUCGAUCCUGAUUAUACAUAUUCACUCCGGCGAAGUACAAAUGUACCACGAGCAUUAUUCUAUUUAGGAAAGCUACCAAAUCAAAUAACGCGAAAACACCUUCCAUUAGAAACAGAAUCGACUAAUCCUGUUCUAGCAGUAACAUCGUCCAUCGAACAAAUUCAAAGUCAAGAACAACCUGUUUGA